AUGUCCAUCCACGUUCGGGGUCGGGGCCAACCUGUCCCGCUAGAUUCGCUGAGGGAACCUUCGUUACAAGCCAUGGAGGCGUUAUCUUAUAUCGCGUACACGCUUGCCGUGGCGGUGGUCUUGGCGUUUGGCCUGGGCGCGUGCGCGUAUGCGGCGCAUCGGGAGAAGCUGCAGGGAGGGCCCGACUCGCCUGAUUUCUUCCUCACUGCGCGCCGAUCCGUCAAGACCUCCAUGGUCGCAUGGUCGUUUUUCGCGUCGGCAAUGGGGUCGUGGGCGCUGUUCGGGCCGCCCAGCUACUGCCUGACGGCGGGCGCGACGGGCACGGCGGUGUACGCGCUGUGCGCGGGGCUGCCCGUGCUGCUCGUCGCGUGCGUGGGCGCCGCCGUGCAGCGCCGCGUGCCCAACGUGGUCUCCAUGGCCCACUAUGUGCGCCGCCGCUUCGGCCUCCCAUUGGCGGUGUACAUAUCGGUGCUGGCGGUGGGCAACAUGGGCGUGGCCAUGGCAGCGGAGUACACGGCGCUGGGCGACCUCUUCCACCGCCUGCUGCACGCCCCCCGCCUGCCCAUCGUGCUGCUCGUCGCCCUCACCGCCAUGCUCUACACCGCUGCAGGCGGGCUCUACGUCUCCAUCGUCACCGACCAGUGGCAGGCCCUGGCGAGUCUCCUCGUCACGGCACUCCUCACGGCGCACGUGCUGCUCAACUUCCCCUCGCCGCUGCCGCCGCUGCCGCCCGCGCUGGGGUGGUGGAACCCGCGGGGGGUGGAGGCGGUGCUCUUCAUGCCGCUCUCGCUGCUCGCCACCACGCUCUUCAACGAGGCCAUGUGGCAGCGGUGA